UUUGGUUUUUUUUUUCUUGGCUGGCUUCUUUCUUGAAGGGGUUUUGGGAGAGAAAUCUGCCUAUCGAUCCCUAAAAACAAACGCACACAAACCUGCCUCUGGGAGGGAAAUAGCCAGGUGAAAUCGCACUCUGUUUCCAUGGACAACCCGUCCAUUAUCACCCAGGUGACUAACCCCAAAGAGGAGGAAAUACUGUCCUGCACUCAGGAUAAAGUGUCCCAAUGUAAUAUCAGCUUGAAGAAGCAAAGGAGUCGAAGUAUCUUUAGCACCUUAUUCUGCUGUUUUCGUGACUACAAUGUGGAACCACCAUCCACCAAUAGCACUAGUACUCUUCCUCCAUUGGUGGAGGAGAAUGGAGGACUUCAGAAGGGUGACCAGAUGCAGGUCAUUCCCAUACCAAGUCCACCAGCUAAAUACCUCCUGCCAGAACUGACAGUAUUGGAUUAUGGGAAGAAAUGUGUGGUCAUCGAUUUAGAUGAAACAUUAGUACACAGUUCAUUUAAGCCAAUUAGUAAUGCUGACUUCAUUGUUCCUGUUGAAAUUGAUGGAACCAUACAUCAGGUCUAUGUAUUGAAACGACCACAUGUGGAUGAGUUUCUCCAGAGGAUGGGAGAGCUCUUUGAGUGUGUACUCUUCACAGCCAGUCUAGCCAAGUAUGCGGAUCCAGUAGCAGACUUGUUGGAUCGCUGGGGUGUGUUCAGGGCAAGACUCUUCAGAGAAUCCUGUGUUUUCCACAGAGGAAAUUAUGUGAAGGAUCUGAGUCGACUGGGAAGAGAGCUGAGUAAAGUUAUUAUAGUGGAUAACUCUCCUGCGUCUUACAUCUUCCAUCCUGAAAAUGCAGUGCCUGUGCAGUCCUGGUUUGAUGACAUGACGGACACAGAGCUGCUAGAUCUUAUUCCUUUCUUUGAAGGACUAAGCAGAGAGGAAGAAGUUUACAGUAUGCUUCACAAACUUUGCAACAGGUAGCCCUUAAAUCUGACUGCUGCUGGUUGAUAGCAGUUGCUACAGACUCUUUCUCCAUCUCUCACAGCUCUUUCAAACUAAGCGUUGAGGAGGCUGCUCCUGUCAGAAGUGCUACUCUUGAUCUUCCUGUUACAUUGUACACGAAGGACAAUCAUGAGUGAUGCUAGUAAGCCUUCAGAAGCCUGACAUCCUAAGGUCACGUGUUCAGACUACUUUUUUUUAAAAAGAAAAAAAGAAGCUAUUUUAAAUGGGACUCUUUUAAUGACUUUCGUAAGUGGACACGUUUUACUGGAUCAGCUUUUCUUAAAACAUGCCAAAAAAAGAAGCUUGUUGUAUUUCAGCAGUCAAAUUUCUCCCCCUCCCACUAUGCAGACAGUUUCACCCUCUGCUUAGAGCAGUUGACCUGACUCUGAAUUUUUUUCUUACAGAAUGAAGUGCCUUUUUGAAUGUUAUUUUAAGAUAAAAGUUCAUUUUGUAUAAGGUGUAUUUCCAGACAUCUUUUAGUCUUGUAUUGUCUAAACGCUUUAAAAAAGAAAAAGGAAUUUUUUAUAGAGCACUGUAAUAUAUGGUAACAAAGGAAAAAGUUGAAACAAAUAAGCUGGGGUCCUGUCUCCAUGGUGAUGUUAAGUAUUAAUUACAUUUUGUCAUGCUCAGAAGGUUUAGGAGUUUGGGGAGGGGUGAUUUUGGUUACAGGUUUGUGUUACUAUGGUCUUACUCAUUUUGGACACCGUUUGAACAUAUCUGCAGUUGUUUGGGUAUUAGAGUAUGAUAGAAUUGGAAAAAUGUGGUGGGAAAUAGAUCUCAAGCACCUUUGAUGUUAGAUGGAUCAAGUUCUAUUAUCUCUGCUUGCGCACAACUGCCAUGCUUCUCCAAUUUUUUAAAACAUCAUAAUGAGAAACCUAUUGGGGGGAAGGGAGGGAGAAUCUAUUUAUUGAUCUAAAUUCUUUUGUUACAAAAACCCAUCUGGGUAAGUUGGAUGCGUGCUGAGCUGUUAAGAGUAUUUUUUUCUCUUAAUUGUUGCUACUGUAUACUCACCAAAUGGAGUUGACCAUCGGCUGUUAUACUGUUCUUUGCCACUGUGCCUGCGCUACAAAAACAUUUGCUGUAAGCUGCAAAUUUGGGCAAUAAAUGAAAUGCAGGUGAUAUACCCCACCCUUAUGUAGUAAACUUGUGGUAUAUGAUAUACCAGAUAACUCAGUUAAAGGUGACCUGCAAAGGACUUUUAAAAAUGCCUUUUGCUCCUUUAUGCACCAUAAAGAAGCAAAACGGAGGUAUGAGCCCAAUUUAUUUUAAAGUGGGGGCUUUUUUUUUUUUUCCUGCUUGUGUUUUUCCUUAGAAAUGUCAGGAAUGUUAACUGAUCUUUCCUGGUUUUUGCUGAACACUUGUUGAGAGUCUCAGAUGCAGAUUGGGAGCCAUAUCACCCCUGCUGGAGGUGUGUUUAACUAAGAAUUCCUUUCUCUAACGUACUCUUUAGGCUUUGGAGUUAAAUAGGUGUUAACUUAGAAUGUUAAAAACAAUAUAAAAAUCUCACUAGAAAUCCUGUCUUCUCAGUUCACUUGGUUUUCAUUCAUUUGUGAUGUCAUAAUUACACUAGUUCUUCAUCCAGGGUAGACAAGACCUGAAUUUCUGAUGUUAAAAACACAUGUAACUUUUGUUUUUAAGCCUUUUGAAGCAAAAAGGCACAGCCCUUUUUUUUUCCUUUCCUGGGUCACCUUUUAACCAUUUUUGCACCAGUAGAAAUCUAGUCAUACAAAUUAGCCAUAUUUGGCAGGCAUCAAGCAAAGUUAAACUAAUAAUUUGGUGCUUUAAUUAGCCUACUGUCAAAUGCCGCAGGGUAGAUACAAGUUGCCUUUUUACAGGUAUGACCAAUAGGAAUUACAAGAAGCUGACCUAGAUUGUCAUCCUUGGCUAAAACAUUUACUAAGCAGCUUAAUAAAUUGAUUCCUAAAAGGGUGGGCCAGCCUACACAGGCCUGGAAUUAGAUUAUCACAGGGGCAGUAUAAGACUGAGAGAGGACUUGUCUCUUUGCAGUGCAGCUUUGCACUGUGCUCA